AUGACGGUGACGGUGGUGUAUGAUAACUCUGAGGCAACAGAGCUCUGUGCAGAUCAGCACCUCUACCUCAUGCCCAUAGCAAAAUUGAUUAUCAAUGUAAGGCUCCCAGAGAGUACAGAAACUAUGAGGCCUUUCUUGAGCUGGGAAGUUCUUGACCAGCUGAAGAGGCUGAUUUGCCCUGAUCAGUUAUCACCACAGUUCAACUCCAAGAGUAUGAAGGAUUUCAUCCGAUCCCAGGGGGAGGCUUAAACACAAAGUUUGGUUUAGAUCCUGAAGGCAAAAUUACAUGGGAAUAUCAUCAAGCUAAAUGGAUUGAAAUCAGACUUAAAAGUAGUGGCUACAGAUGCCCAGGGACAGUGGGAGCACUUCCCGAAGGAACAGGAGGCCCCAUCAAGUGACAGGGCUGAUGAGCAGGACCACAAUAAGAGCCUGGAUUCCACACAUUUUGAAGGCUUGCCUGGCAAGUGGUUUGCACCUAAAGGUUCCACUGGGGGGAAGCCAUGUGUAAAAAUCCUACAGGUGGUCAUUGAGAAUUUUGGGAAGAUCAAGAAUGUGGAUAUUUCUAUGUUUAACCCCUACAGAGAGGUAAUGAAUGGUGAAAGCUUUGGGGGUUUUAGCUUCAGCAUGCAGACAUUUGAGGCCUUUGUACAGUACUAGGAGUCAGCUGACUUCAUAAAAGCCAUGGAGACCCUUUGAGGGAUGAAGCUGAUGCUUAAAGGGGAUGGUGGGAAAGCUCUGGCAUGUAACAUUAAGGUUAUGUAUGAUACAGCCAAACACUUCCGUAAUGUUGUUUGGAGGCAAAAUCAGGAAAGACUAAGAUUACAAGAACUGGAGGAAGAAAGCAAAGAAAAGAAGAGAGAUCAGGAAGAGUCUGUAAGAAAAAGAAAGGAGGAGAAGAAAGCCCAGGAAGAGAGGAAGAAGGCCAGGCUCAGGAGGUGACCCCUAAGGGACAGACACCAGCAAAGGAAGCGGGACAGAGACAAAGCUGAGCCGCCUGGAGAGCCCAACUCUUCGGAGGAGUGAGAGGAGAGGAAGUUCCUACGGGCAAGGCAGGUGGAGGCCACUUGAUUGCUACUGGUGCUCCUGAGGAAAAUUGCAAUAAGAAAAAAUGGAAAUGAUUCAGUCAGAAAAAAGGGAACUGGACAAUUAUUCACCAAUGAAUACAAUGACAUUUUUGACUUUGACCAGGAUUCCUUGCAGAUUACAUUAAUUCAGGGUCAGCCUCCUGAGAAUGAAGACCACCUCAGAUUAUCUGAGCAAGACCAUGUCAAGAAAAACCAUGAAACAUGUGACCUCAUUGACUUUCUAUUAAACCAUUAUUAUCACACUCCAAAAUAUCCUUCUAUCUGUCUAGAACCAAGUCAUCCAACAAGCACAUGUCAGUGGCAGAGAUCUGUCCAUGCUACAGGAAAUGGAUUUCAAAUCAAUUUGAGAAAGUACAAAUGUGACUCAACCAGCUUGAGUCAAAUGCAAAACCUGCAUACUCAGGGUCCUGUGCAAAAGCCACAAAAUAGAGUAGAAGUUUAUUAUGCCAAAGGAUGUUCUAAGGAGUUUAAAAAUCAGCCCAAGGACACAACCAAUGAAGCUGAUGAUCAGUUGACCCCAGCUGAUGGAAAUGGCCAUCUGUUGGAAAAGACCCAUGCUUACCAGGUCAAAGAUUCCAAAUCCGGAAGUCAAAGCCCAUUUUCCUCACCCAAAAGGUCAGCAGAGUUGGAGUUGGCAGAUUUCCUCGAGGAAAUUAGUAGUGAUUCUGAAUGCUUCAAUGAAACCCUCAUCAUAAACAAAGAGGAGGAAGAGAAAUCUGUGGCCAUAUAUGAAAAUGCAUCUGAAAGAGGAUCUCUCGAUGCUGAAGUCAUCACUAACAUUCAAGAAAUUAGAUCAAGUCAGCCGACCUUGUAUUCAAAGUGUAAACGUUUUGAGGAGGAGAAACACUCUAAAUACCAGUUUAGGAAACGGGCCAAGAGGUUCAAGUAUGAACGAAGAUGUUCAUGGCUUGAGGGUGAAAACAAUUUCAUGAGAGUUGAGAACAGCAACAGCAAAAUGAAGAAAAGGCGAGGCCCCAAAUACAUGUUUGGUCAGGGCAACUACCGCAAGUCCAGUUCUGGUUACCUCCUAGGCAAUAUCACAAGAAAGAGGAGGUGGUUACGUUAUAAUACAUUUUACCAGAGGGUGAACUACAGGCUCUUUCGUGCUCCAACAACAUCAUCAAAAUUUACUAAUGCUUUCUAUUCAAGACGUUUUCCCCAAAGAAGACAGACAAGAUAUAACCAGAAUGUAAGAAGAUUCACAAGACAUGAGGAUUCUACAUAUUUCAGGCCAACUUCUGAUAAUUAUAAUAUUAGAUAUAACAAUCAGGAGCACACUGGCUAUAGAAGCUAUUUACAAAACAACUAA